CAGGUGGACUGAACUUGUUAUAAUAUUGUUCUUCUCGUUGCAGGACUGACUUCUGCGUGCACAAAGACCAGCCCUGUGACACAGUGGGUAUUGCCUAUCUGGGAGGGGCGUGCAGCUCCAAGAGGAAGUGUGUUCUGGCCGAGGACAACGGACUCAACCUGGCCUUCACCAUAGCCCACGAGCUGGGACACAACAUGGGGAUGAGCCACGAUGACGACCAUGCUACCUGUACAGGCCACUCCCACAUCAUGUCUGGCGAAUGGGUGAAGGGCCGUAACCCCAGCGACCUGUCAUGGUCCCCCUGCAGCCGUGACGACCUGGAGAAGUUCCUCAGGUCCAAAGCCAGCAGCUGUCUGCUCCACACAGACCCCAGAAGCCGCUACAAGGUCCGCCUGCCACCCAAGCUGCCAGGCAUGCACUACAGUGCAGACGAACAGUGUCAGAUCCUCUUUGGAACCAACGCCACCUUCUGCAAUGACAUGGAGCACCUGAUGUGCGCGGGCCUGUGGUGUUUGGUGGAAGGAGACAAGUCCUGUAAGACCAAGCUGGACCCUCCUCUGGACGGCACAGAGUGUGGAGCUGACAAGCGUUAUAUGGCAAUUGGUCCAUUGGUCAACUGCCUUCGCCAAUAG